CUCACCAUGUGCGACGCCAAUCCCGUGGAAAUAUCCCACCUGACUGAAGUGAUUCGCCAAGUGCAAUCACUGCGCGAUGAUUUCAACAGCUCGCAGCGACGGCUUGAGUCUUACUUUCGUACCAACCAGGAUGAGAUGAAUCGUAUCGGAUCCUGUCUAUCACAGGUCUUGCAGUGUUUCCAAACAUGCACACUUCCACGCAACGCAUUUAUCGAAGAGUCUCCUGACUCGAUAUCGAGCGACGAUGAACGGGAUGAGAAGCCGAAGGAUGAGAACCGUUGUCCCCAUCCAGACUGUUUGGGCCGCGAUAAGCGUUUUCAAUCGCCAUCGAAUCUCUAUCGACAUUAUACCACCCACGCUCCAUUUGGUCCAUCCGAUGCUCUACCCGCCGCUCCGUCUGAUCAGUCUAACCCGUCCGAUGCUCUACCCGCCGCUCCGUCUGGUCCGUCCGAUGCGUCCGAUGCUCUACCCGCCGCUCCGUCUUAUCCGUCCGAUGCGUCCGAUGCUCUACCCGCCGCUCCGUCUGAUCAGUCUAACCCGUCCGAUGCUCUACCCGCCGCUCCGUCUGAUCAGUCUAAUCCGUCCGAUGCUCUACCCGCCGCUCCGUCUGAUCAGUCUAAUCCGUCCGAUGCUCUACCCGCCGCUCCGUCUGAUCAGUCUAAUCCGUCCGAUGCUCUACCAGCCGAUUCUCUGCCUGUCGCAACUCAUGAGCUUCUGCCUCCUCGCGGUCGUCCGGACGGAGUCCCUGAUCCAUCUUAUGGUCUAGACCGAGCUGCGAUAAGCAAUUACAACAUGGCAUGGGAAGGCCAGAUGCCCCAUGAGCUUCUGCCUCCUCGCAGUCGUCCGGACGGAGUCCCUGAUCCAUCUUAUGGUCUAGACCGAGCUGCGAUAAGCAAUUACAACAUGGCAUGGGAAGGCCAGAUGCCCCAUGAGCCCCUGCCUUCCAGCAGUCGUCCGGACGGAGUCCCUGAUCCAUCUUAUGGUCUAGACCGAGCUGCGAUAAGCAAUUACAACAUGGCAUGGGAAGGCCAGAUACCUCAUGUAAAUACAUUCAGCAGUGCUCUAGAUACUCAUGAGGGCUUCACAACAUUCAUUCACCAGACUAUGACCGCGGGCAAAACUCCUGCUAUGGUACCCGCUCAGCAGCCUAUAUAG